AGUGUAUACAGUAUUUGUGUGCAGGAAUACGCAACAGGCGGCUGCAGCAUGAGGCUUUACAGCACCUGCUCCAGCUGUUACCGGUGCCGAACAGAGACACGCUCUGGGUCCUGCUUGCUUUCCUCAGCCAGGUGGCGCAGAACAGUGAAGACCACAGGGAUACGUCAGGUGAAUGGAUACUUGGGAACAAGAUGGAUAGUAACAAUUUGGCCACUCUAUUUGCUCCCAAUAUCCUGCACGCCUGCAAAACCUUCGACCAAGGAAGACAUGAGUGCAGAGAGGGUGGAGGAGCGCAGUGAUGCCAUCAAUGUCGUCAGGACCCUGAUAGAUAACCACCGCAGUCUCUACCAGGUGUCAGCAGAGCUGCUGGACGAGGUGUAUGUCCACAUGAUGGACUCACACCCUGAGGCUCUGGACCAACUACUGCAGAGGAGAGACCUGGCCACUGAUGAGACUGAAGAUCUUGAUGUGAGCACAUUGUCAGACGAGAGACUGGCGACCGCUGGCUCUCGUGAGAGUCUCACUGAGGAGAGAUUGGAGCGCAAAGUUUGGUCUCGGGAGGCAUUCACGCAUGAGACUGCUGGUAUGGGUGGUCCAGAUCUCGAUAUCAAGCCAAGGAGGGAAAGAGGUAGAGAGCGGAGACGAUGGCGGGAGGACGGCAGGCGGCGGCAGGACUCAGAGCAGUCGACACCUUCACGUCGCACUUCCUCCACCAGUAUUGGCUCUGAGGAUCCUACAAUGUUCCGAGGGAAGCCUGGAGACAUGGGUGUGAUCACUGCUAGCAUCAAGAUCCCUGUCCCUGCAUCCUCCUUCACUCUCAACCUGGAUGACUCAGACAUCCCUUUCAUAGAGGAUUCAGAACGCCAUCAUAUAGCCUUUGGGGUGACGAGGACAUCUCAGCGGGUGUCUUCAGAAUCAUCUCAGGCAUCGACGUACAUCCAUCAGGUGACCAGAGAUUCUGCAAUGGGCAGUUCAGUCAGUCCACCCCCCCACUCUGUCAGCAGUUACAGCAGUGGCGGGGUGUCCUCCUGGGGCUCCUCCCCUCCCACAUCUCCUGAUCCCACCCUACCCGAUGAGUCCGGCACCGCCAUCGCUCGAAUCACCAUUCCCACCAAGAAGACUCCAGAUCCCCAGCAGAGGGUGAUGGUGCAGAGGGUGACGAUCAAGUCUGCGGGUGAGGUCCGCCAGAGCUACGCUGAGUUGCGGAAGGUGGAGACCAUGACAGCAGAAUCACGGCACAGUAGAGAGCAGCCGGACCCCCUCACGAAGAGUGCAAGCGUAGCGGCAGUGACAAUCCGUGCGCCAGAGAGGACAAGCAUUACCCCAAGCAUUUCUAGCAUCGGGGGUGCAGUUUUGCGUUCAAAAACCGCAGAUAUUGAGCGUAUGCUGAAGAUACAGACUGCUUCUAAACAGACAAAAAAGACUACGGGUGUUACAGUGGUGAGUGUGACGAGUGAGGAGGAGAAGAAGAUGAAGCGGAAGUAUACGGAUAGCCGGCACCUGACCAGAAAUCUACCCCAGCCAACAGAAGUGGCGGGGACAGUGGCGGGGUCAGUGGUGGAGGUGACCACUUCACAGCAGCGCAGGGCGGGCGUUGUGUACAAGCGGAGAGAACUGAUAUCCAGUGAGCCGAAAGAGAGGAAAGGCUUCCCUAACUGAUGCAUGAGAGUCCUUGUAAAUAUUGUGUUCAAAGACAGUGCCUUCCACAUUAAGUCAUGUUUAUAUUAGAUGUUAUUUUAUUUAUUUAAUAAAACUAUUAUGUUAAAUUUA